GCGCCCCGGAAGUGGUUCUUCGCGGGGCGGGGACGAGUCAGAGGUGGGGCUUGCGGCGCUCACGCCCCGGGCUCUGGUGCUGGACUGCUCGCUCCGCCGGCUGCUAGAUCCGCAGCUAGAGUGUGCUGAGUGUUCGCGGAGCCGCGCCCAUGUCCUCCGUGCUGUCCUACGAAAGCCUGGUCCACGCAGUGGCCGGAGCCGUGGGAAGCGUGACAGCAAUGACAGUGUUUUUUCCCUUGGAUACAGCUAGACUUCGUCUUCAGGUUGAUGAGAAAAGAAAGUCCAAAACUACACACAUGGUGCUUCUAGAGAUCAUUAAAGAAGAAGGCCUAUUGGCACCAUAUCGAGGGUGGUUUCCAGUCAUUUCCAGUCUUUGCUGUUCCAAUUUUGUCUAUUUCUACACUUUUAAUAGCCUCAAAGCCGUCUGGGUCAAAGGUCAACGUUCUACUACUGGAAAAGAUCUGGUAGUUGGAUUUGUUGCAGGAGUGGUGAAUGUGUUGCUGACAACUCCACUCUGGGUGGUAAACACCAGGCUGAAGCUGCAAGGAGCAAAAUUUAGGAAUGAAGACAUUGUACCCACCAACUACAAAGGUAUUAUUGAUGCUUUUCACCAGAUCAUUCGAGAUGAAGGAAUCUUGGCUUUAUGGAAUGGGACACUUCCCUCCUUGCUGUUGGUCUUCAAUCCUGCCAUCCAGUUCAUGUUCUAUGAAGGUUUAAAACGGCAGCUUUUAAAGAAACGGACGAAGCUUUCUUCUUUGGAUGUGUUCAUCAUUGGUGCAAUAGCCAAGGCAAUUGCCACCACGGUCACCUAUCCCAUGCAGACAGUACAGUCAAUUCUGAGGUUUGGACGUCACAGGCUAAAUCCAGAAAACAGAACAUUGGGAAGUCUUCGGAAUGUUCUCUAUCUUCUUCACCAGCGAGUAAGGCGCUUUGGAAUAAUGGGACUCUACAAAGGCCUUGAAGCCAAACUGCUGCAGACAGUACUCACUGCUGCUCUCAUGUUCCUUGUUUAUGAGAAACUGACAGCGGCUACCUUCACAAUUAUGGGGCUGAAGAGUGCGGGCAAGCACUGAGACGCCUUCCAGGGAGGAGUGUGGAAGACGCUCGAGAUGGGGAGUUUCCUUCUGAGUGGAGAGAAGCAAUUUUCCUUUUACUCUGGCUCCUUCCACCACAAAUUCUACCCUCAUUGGCGUGGAAGGCAUCCAGGGGUAAACAGGGCGUAUGGCCAGUUGUACCUGUUGCCACCUUAGUUUUUAUGAUGGCUGGUUGGAGUUUGGGGUGAUGGAUGGACUAAGAAAACAUUAUUGAAAACCUAAAAAUGGAAGUAUGAAAGUUUGUGGCAGUUUAUUGGUUUUCUUAGGGGAAUGGACUAUUUUGCUCU